CAAGGGGCAGUAAGCAUAUAUUAUUUGCCCAAUAUUUUUUUAAAAUUUCAAACAAGCUCAAUCAUUGACAUGAUUUGAUUUUUUUUAUUUAUGGGAUGUUUAUUUUGCAAUAUAUAGCGCAAAUUUGUCAUCAGCGUUUUUUUAGUAGAGUUAUCCCUCCUUCGAUCGGUGUAAUUUUCCGGAUAUCGCGUUUUCCCCAUGAAAUGCUCACAUUCUCGACAAUAAUUAAAUAUGGCCGCAUGCAAACAACACGGUAAAAAUUGAACAGAAAAAUUAUAAUACCAAAAUGAAUAAUAUCACAAAAUAUUGUGUUGUUGUUUGCAUGCGGCCACCAUUAAAAUAUUAAAUAUUGUUGUUAAACGAUGUGCGAAUUGACCGCUUCCGGUUUCGGUUUUUAUAUGCACCACAACAGCAGACGUAAACAAAGACAGAUGACAAAAUUAGAGAUGUAGGGAAAAUCAUCUCCUUAGCAGGAUGCCUGGCGACGGUCCUAAACAGUAUCCCUGUGUUUCUUGUGGUAAGCGACCUAAAGCCCACCAACGACGCUUUAUAAAAGGACCAUCAAACCAACUCUUUCGUCAACAUUUAGGCCUAGCAAUCUGUGAAGACAAUGAUGUUACAUGUACAAACUGUUAUUCAAAAUUCCACAAGUCAAUACAUAAGAACCAUUUUGAGAAAUCUAUAGAAACAGAUGAUGACACUAUCAAAGAUCAAGAUUAUGAACCACCAGCAAAGUCCUCUAAAUCAGAUACUAAAUCAGUCAAAAGUCCUAAUGUAAUACAUUUACCCAUAUUAUCUUCUGGAAAGAGCCACUCAGCUUGUGUGAUCUGCAAGAAGAGAAAUUCAAGAUUGCUUACAUUGACCACAGAGAGAAGACACCACAUCUUUGUAUUGACAGGGCACCUGUUAUUAUCUGGUGCAAGGUGCUGCAACUCUCAUUUGAUGCCAGAUUGUUCUCUCAAAGAUGAUGCCAUUAAAUGUCUGGAGAGUAUGUCCCUGAGCUCUAGGUCAGUACAUUCCACUACCUUUUUCAACAAAACUGAUAUUUGUUCAUUAAUAUCAACUAUAAGAGCAGCUGCAAUCAGAAAUCAGAAAAACAGGUUAGACUUUGACACCAGUUGUGGACUUUCAGACACAGAUUAUAUGAAUUUGACUGGAAUUUCAAGGGCAGAUUUUGAUGAUGUAGUCUCGCAUGUGCAGUCAAUAAGAGCUACCAAGAAUCGCAGCAUAAGGACCUGCAUUGCCCUUCUAUUGGUGAAGUUGAGAACCGGCCUUUCCAAUAGAAUGCUAUCAACACUAUUCAACAUUGAAAAGUGCGGUGUCAGAAGGGCAAUAACAUCAGCCAGGAGAGAACUGACAGAGACAUUUACACCAAAGUAUGUGGGGUUUGGCCAUAUUUCAAGAGAACAGAUUAUCCAGGACCAUACCAGACCUCUUGCCCAGGAGUUAUUUGGUAAUGGAAUGCACAAUCCAGCUAUAUUAGUGGUAGACGGAACUUAUGUUUUCAUCCAAAAGAGCAACAACUUCAAGUUCCAACGUAGAUCCUACAGCCAACACAAAAACAGACCCCUAGUCAAACCAAUGGUCAUAGUGUCAACAACAGGCUACAUUGUUUCAGUCCUUGGACCUUAUUUUGCUGACCACAAGAAUAAUGAUGCUAGCAUCCUGAAACAUAAUUUCCAGACAAACAUGGAGAAUAUAAAAGACUGGCUACAGCAGGAUGAUGUUCUUAUUGUGGAUCGUGGGUUUAGGGACUCGAUUAGUUUCUUGGAGAGUUUGAGCAUUCAGGCUCAGAUGCCGGCAUUUCUUCCAAAAGGACAAAAACAACACACAGCUGAUGAGGCAAACUCUUCUAGACUUGUUACCAAAAUCCGCUGGAUUGUGGAGUCUGUUAAUGGGCGUCUGAAACAGUGGAAAUUUCUGCAGAAUGUGGUUCCCAAUACUCAGAUACCAUACAUUCGGGAGUAUGUGUGUUUGAUAGCUGCACUGUGCAACAAAUACAGAGAUCCAUUAAAUACAGGAAAUCCAGAGAGUGACCAAAUCUUGGCAGCUAAAAUGAAGUAUUUAGCAUCACAGACAAACAAACUUCAAGAGCGGGUUGAAUCUGAAGAGUUGCAUCGAAGGAUAAAAGCAUGGACCCCAAUGAAUGCCACUGAUACAUUGGAUUUUCCUCUCCUCUCUGAAGAAGAGCUCCUUAAUCUGACUGUCGGGGUGUACCAGCUGAAGCUUGCCAAGAGUUACACUGCAGAACACAAGAAUGAUGAUGGUGAUUACAACAUCAUGGUAAACAAUGACAUUCCUGAUGUUUUGCGUGUACGAAUACAAAGUCGUCAUAUCUCCAGCAAACAGUAUUUCCUAUGGAUUGAACAUUCCUUAGGAGCCAUUACUGGGUGGUACUGCCAAUGCCGUGCUGGUGCAAGGGUUGUUGGGGUGUGUGCCCAUGUGGCUUCUGUUCUAUGGUACCUGGGACAUGAACGGCACACACACUCUGCAAGGUCCACUCAAGACUGGUCCCAGUUCCUUGAGGAUGCCUCAGUCAUUCCAGAAGUCAUGGAUAGUUCCGAAAGUGAUCAGAGUGGAACAGAAGAGUGACAAUGCAUGUUGAUUGAUAGGCAACUAUCUGUUAUCUGUGAUUUUUCAUAAAAAAUGGAUUUGAUCUCUUAGACAAUUGUAUAGAUAAUAUGUAAGAUUAUCGAAAAAGUUUUUGGAAACUGUUUUGAACUUUGAAGUAUUCAAUAUAUUAUUUAACGUUUAAAGAACUACAUGCAAUAUCAUGAAAUUAUGUUAAGGGGAAAAGGUCAAUUCAUUAUUGUUACUUGCAGAAUGUGUGUUUUACAUACAAGAUGUCUAAUAUGCAAAAAUCCAAGAUGCCAGAUGAAUAUCUAAACCAAUGUUGGGUUAAUGUUUAUCACAUAAUGAGUUGAUGUUUAAAGGCAUCUUCGUUAAGUAGCAGUUGUUUUCUUGUUUCCUGCACAUGAAAUUGCUAGGUCAUAAAUGAUCUAAAGAAAUCGGUCACUGUGAUAUUUAAUGUUAAAAAACUAUUCUCUGUUUUAGAAUUAUGGUUUUGCUCAUGUUAUUAAAUUAAGUUUAUCUUUGAGUGCAAUAAGAUGUGGUUAAUGUCAUGAUAAUCCAUUAACUAAAUUAUAUAUUUGUUAACAGUUUAACCAUGUACCUAGAAGUGCUUGACUUUUUGUUGGUUGGAGAGGGAGAAAUUCAAUGCUCCUCUCUCCAUAAAUAUUGUUAUGUUCUUCAUGUUUGUUAAUAAUAUGUUUAAUUAUCUUGUAUUAAUAUGGUCGAGUUGUUGAAAUAUCAAAGCAUUUCUUAUCUUUCAAAGCGUUCCAUGUUUAAAAAAUAUCUGAGAAAUUAUAGUUUUUAUACACAGGUUGUAAAUAAUAAUAUAUUUUAUUUAACUUUUUGCAGCAAAUUCAAGAAACUGGCUUGUAUUCUACACUAAUUCCCCAUGAAUUGAAUAAUUAGAUGUUUUGUACUGUAAAGAUUAUAAUAUACACAGUUAUUGUAACACUUUCUGAAAUCUGAUAUUUUUUGUUAUAAAAAAAAAGCCUUUUUUACCCGAAAAAUUGUGUUUUAUACAGUUUUCGGUUAAUAUUAUGUUUAUAUAUGAUAUGUUGCAUUGUAUUGUAAUUGUUAAAUUAUUUAAAUACCUGAUAUUAUUUUAAAAAUUGAAAAAAUAUAAAGAAAUUUCAGAAAUCUGUGAUUUUUUGACAUUUUUUAUACUUUUGCCCUCAAAAUAACUAUAUGGUGAUUUUUCAAUAAAAGUAUUGCUGAAAUUGGAUAUACAAAUGA